CCACGCGUAGGCGGGGCGCUUUACACGGAAGUCUGCAUCGUCAGGUUCUAUCCUUCUCUAGGUUUGGGCUGUAGGCGACUCUGGGCGGACCUGAGCCCCUAGGUCACAAGUGCUUUCCCCUCAGAGGGUACCCUGACAGAUUGAAGCCAUGGCCAUUCUUUUUGCUGUUGUUGCCAGGGGAACCACUAUCCUUGCCAAACAUGCCUGGUGUGGAGGAAACUUCCUGGAGGUGACCGAGCAAAUUCUGGCUAAGAUACCUUCUGAAAAUAACAAAUUAACCUACUCACAUGGCAAUUAUCUGUUUCAUUACAUCUGCCAAGACAGGAUUGUGUAUCUCUGUAUUACUGAUGAUGAUUUUGAGCGCUCCCGAGCCUUCAGUUUUCUGAAUGAGGUAAAGAAGAGGUUUCAGACUACUUACGGUUCAAGAGCACAGACUGCACUUCCAUAUGCCAUGAAUAGCGAGUUCUCAAGUGUCUUGGCUGCACAACUGAAGCAUCACUCUGAGAAUAAGGGCCUAGACAGAGUGAUGGAGACUCAAGCACAAGUGGAUGAACUGAAAGGAAUCAUGGUCAGAAACAUAGAUCUGGUUGCUCAACGAGGAGAAAGAUUGGAAUUACUGAUAGAUAAAACAGAAAACCUUGUGGAUUCAUCUGUCACUUUCAAAACUACCAGCAGAAAUCUUGCUCGAGCCAUGUGUAUGAAGAAUAUCAAGCUCACUAUCAUCAUCAUCAUCAUAUCAAUUGUGUUUAUCUAUGUCAUUGUGUCACUUCUCUGUGGUGGAUUUACAUGGCCAAGCUGUGUGAAGAAAUAAGAAAGAAAAAGUUACCAUUAACUAAAGAUAUGAGAGAAAAAGGAGAUAAAAGUAAUUAAUCCAUAUGACUCAGGCUUUUCAUUAUUCACAAAUAUCGGCCACGUUCUUCAAUCUUUCCACUUUUUCUUAUUUUAAUAGUGUUCUGUGCCUCCAAGUUUAUCUUUGUCCUAUCAAGCAGUCUAUUCUAAUGAAGUCGUGAUUUAUAGGAGUAGCUUUGAAAGGGCAUUUGUUUCUUCGGUUUAUUAAGUAGAUUUACCUAUUUUCAAAGACAUUUUUGGUUUUAACGCACAAAGUUUUUGCCAAGGUGGAAACCACCAGUCUUAUGACCUGUUUACUAAAACUGUGUAGGCACUUUGUAUGUUCACACAAAAAAAUUAGGAGGCAAAUUGUAUUACUAACAUCUUAGUGUCUUUUGUUAUAGGAGAGUUUUAGGUGCUUCAUGACAAUAUAGAGAAUAGUUAUUUUGUGAAUUGUAAUUAAAUUGUUGGUGCUGCUUAUAUUCAGGAGCCCAGACAGAUAAAGUAUUAAAAUUUUUAUUUCAGUCACAUGGGGAACAUUUUGCUAGCCCAUUAGAAGCACAAGUUAUCCUUGUCCUCCUUGCAUAUACUUUAGGGAAAUAAAGUUGAGUUCAACUUUUAUUCCGAUGGCAAAUAGUUUAAUGUCUUCUUCUUUUCCAUUGUAAACUUGAUUUGAGAAGAUGAUUUAAACAAAUUGAGGGUUGUGGGUUUUACCUAUUCUUUUUUUUCUGUAAGUAUUUGGGACAAAUAUAUUAAUAGAAUGGGUAAUGGAGGAAUUGGGAGGUCCCUCUGA